CGAGUAUUUUUAUGGACUUUUAUUUUGAUGAACUGAUUAUUGUGUUUUUUUGUGAGUGCUUUGUGUAAAUAUGGAGAACGAAUCUUGCAGCUGAGUGGACACCGGUUUUUUUUUUAAUUAAAAAUCCAGGAAUAAUCGUGUAUAUAGACAGUCAACUUUUCAACAACUAAGAUGAACCAACAAUGCAAAGUCUGCGGGGAGCCAGCCGCCGGCUUCCACUUCGGCGCUUUCACCUGCGAGGGAUGCAAGUCGUUCUUCGGGCGGACGUACAACAACUUGUCUUCGAUAUCGGAAUGCAAGAACAAUGGAGAGUGCGUUAUAAACAAGAAAAAUCGGACGUCGUGCAAGGCCUGCCGGCUAAGAAAAUGUCUGUUAGUAGGAAUGUCAAAAUCCGGAUCCAGAUAUGGCCGGAGGUCUAACUGGUUUAAGAUCCACUGCUUACUACAAGAGCAGCAGCAACAGCAUAUCCAGCAUAUGCAAACGAAUAAACCGCCUCCUACCUUCAAUUCUUCUAUCAACACGUCAUUUCCUCCUAUAAAUCUGCUGCCAGCCGCAGCCUUAGCAGAGUACUACAAAAGCUCAGAAAAGGGCCAAUUUACGGAAGACGUGACGCGGCAGAGCAUAUCACCGUCAGACUCAGGGGCAUCAUCAGCUGAUCCCGAAGAUGAUAACAGCUCGCGAAGCACUAGUGGUCUAAGUAUAUUCAGACCCGCCUCCUCGCCCUCCAGCGAAAAAGAUAUAAGGCUACAUGCUGUUAGGACCCAAACAAAAGACGUCAGAAAACGGAAACCCUCUACGCUUCCACCGUCUCCUUUUGGAGCCACUCCUAGCUUUACCAGGACGGGAGCGUACCUACAACCAGUUCAAAAUCUUCGAUCGUUACCAACCGGUAUUCCUACGUGGCAGAAUUGCAAUGGUGGUGACCUGAUCCUUCAUUCUCCGGCAGUAGCUGGAGUGGCUAUAGAACAAGACCAACCGAUCGACUUGUCCAUAAAGUCGGCAGUUUUAUACCGUAGUCCAAAGAAUGACGAGUUGAGCGACUCAGAACCAGAGUUGAGUAUUGACAUGAGUGAGGACAGUGCGAAAGAUAUUAUGAAGAAUCCUUUAGACCUAUCCUUGGUUCCGAAAAGGAAGGAAGAAGUUCCUUUAACCGGUUAACUUAAAAUUAUGUGCCUUAAAUGCCAAUGUCAAUUUUUUAGUGUUGAGAUUGUACAUUGAAGUCUGAUACCUACGUAAAUACGUAGUAAGUGACAACCAGCCUUAUUUUAAAACACCUUUUUAUAACGAACUGGGCGCCUAGACAACUCGCAAUCUGAUUGUGCCGUGCCGUAGUUAUUAGUAAAGUUGUUUCUAAGUGAGUCUGGUAGACGCGAGAUGGUCCGUGAAGUUAUUCAGGAUUGAAAACUUAGAUGUGUUGAAUUCUGCUUAUAGGUAAUGUUAAGUAUUAAAACAUGUCACGGCCAUGUAGUUAUUUUCCUUUAUGAUAAGUAGAUAUUUAAGUCUUUAGCUUAUUCCAUACGAAUACUCUGCCAUACAGUAUUUAUUAAGUCUGUAAAUUUCUCUUUCCUUGGUUUACCUGACGUAAAUACCAUAAUUGUAAUGUUUUAUUUUGUAAUUUUAGGUAGUGAGUGUAUAUUUUUAUUUGAAAUAAAGGGACAAAAUUACUGGUAAAAUUUACUCAAAUGAUUUACACUGCCAUAAUAGGUAUUAUAUUGAUUUUUCGUAUUUCAUUCUGUGACAUGUAUUACAUUAUAAAAAUAUUUUGAAACUUAUUUUUUUUUUCAUUAUUGUAGUAUAAAAUACCAGUUAGUCCUAAAAUGCCAGUGUUGUCUUACCAGUUUUAGAAAAUUAAUGAAAGGGACGGGGGCCAGUUGAAAGCUCAAAAUUAAAAUGUACAAAUAAAAUUAAUUGAGACUUGUAUUAUAACUGCUGAUAGGAUAAAAGAUUUUUUAUAAUAUUUAUUUUAUUAGUGCAUAGGCCAGUUUGUAUUGAGUCAUUUUUUAAUUUUCAUUGUAGGUAAUAUCAUUUUUGUAAUUUAUUUAGGUAGGCUAUUGUGUGUUUUUUUAUUAAUUUUUGUUGUUUGUUUCGAUUGUUGGAGAUUUUUUAAUUACUUUUAGACAUUCCAUUUGAGAAUUUGCUCAUUGUACUUUUUUAUGAUAAGUUAACAUUCCAAUUCAGUUACAAAUAAGUAUACAUUCCUGAGGCUGGUUCUCUUUUUGUCUUGUAAGUUAUUAGGUGCCAUGCAAAUUUAGAUUAAAAAAACAACCCCGAGAUUUUUAUACUAUCUCUGUAUAUGAAACCUAUGUACAAAAAGUUACCUCUUUCAAUUCUUCAUACAAAAACUAAACAGAAUUUUUGUUCCAAUCUGUCUGUACUCAAGUAAUUAUUUUAAUUAUCAAAUAAAAGUUGUUGUUGCUGUGUGAUACGAUAUUUUUAUGUUUACAGUUUUACGUUUAUAAAUGAAUCUUAAUAUAUUGGAGGAAAAUAAAUAUG